AUGGCCAAACUCAUAGAGAAGUUUUGGCGUCUUGAAGAAGCGUGCUUUCAAGACUGGGAACCAAAGCAACAUGACGAAUGCGAGGCGGAAAGUCACUUCCGCACAACGUUAGAGAUCGCUCCCGACGGGAGAUACAUUACACGAAUGCCCCUACGGGGGGAGCCGUCAUCCUUAGGCGACUCUUAUCAACAAGCAUAUAGAAGAUUCACAUCGCUUGAGCAAAGGCUCAAGCGGAAUGCAGACCUGUACAAAGAGUACAGGGCAUUCAUGAAUGAAUAUGAAACACUGGGACAUAUGGUACCAGUCACCACAGAAGACUUUCACAAAGUAAAGUAUUUCAUCCCUCACUCGUGUGUGGUGAAACCAGAUUCAACAUCCACCAAGGUUAGGGUGGUGUUCGACGCAAGUGCAAAGACGUCAACCGGAGUAUCCCUGAACGAUAUACAAAUCGUGGGACCAACCAUUCAAAAGGACUUAUUUGAUCUGCUAAUUGAUUUCAAGACGCACAACGACGUGCUAGUAGCAGAUAUUGCAAAGAUGUACAGACAAAUUCACAUCGCAUACACAGACACUUGGUUACAAUGUAUUUUGUGGCGCGACAGCCCCAAUGAUCAAUUGAAAGCGUAUAGACUGACGACUGUCACAUAUGGUGAAGCGUCUUCAUCAUUCUUGGCCUGUAGGGCACUACACGAAGCAGCUGAAGAUUAUCGGUCGGUAAAUCCGAGAAUUGCCGACACCAUUCAACGAUCGUUCUAUGUUGACAAUCUAAUGAUUGGAGCGUCCAACGCAGAUGAACUGACGGAGACGAAACGAGAAAUAGAGCAUGCAUUGUCACUUCAUGGAUUUCCACUUCGAAAGUGGGCAUCAAACAACGCAAGCGUACUGGAAGGAAUUCCAGAGAAAGACUUGGAACCAUUGAUCAAAGUUGGUGACCAAGAGGUCAUAAAGACAUUGGGGAUAGCCUGGAACCCCAAAACAGACGUGUUCCAGUUCAUCAGUACGAAAAACAUAGGUGAAACAUACGAAGCGCUCACAAAGCGACAGAUGGUCUCGAAGAUUUUGAGACUGUAUGACCCAAUCGGAUUGAUACAACCUGUAAUCAUUACAGCUAAAAUAUUGAUGCAAGAAUUGUGGACUUAUAACGUCAGCUGGGACGAUGAUGUUCCAGAUCAAGCACUAAGCUCAUGGAAGAAGUUCGAAGCUUCAUUAGUGGAGCUCAGCAAGAUAGAAAUACCUCGGAUGUCGACUCCGAGUCAUACGAUCGCACUAGAUUUACACGGAUUCAGUGACGCCUCCGAAAAGGCUUAUGGAUGCGUCAUUUACUUACAUGCAAUCAACUUAAAAGGAGAAGAGAGUACGAAUCUCUUAUGUUCGAAAUCGAGAGUGGCGCCUUUGAAGAAGGUCACUCUGCCCCGUCUGGAACUCUUGGCGGCGGCACUUCUAGCAGAACUAACUGCUAAAAUAAAGAGCAUUCUGGCCGGUCGAAUCUCGUCGGAAUAUUACUACAGUGAUUCACAAGUAGCGCUAAGUUGGAUCAAAUCUUCAAAUACACGUUGGGGAACCUUCAUUAGAAAUAGAGUGCAGAAGAUACACUCCACCACGAAUCCAGAGCAUUGGAAAUAUAUAUCUACGAAAGAAAAUCCGGCUGAUAUGGUUUCGAGAGGAAUUCCAGUCAGAAAAUUACGCGAAGCAAAACUAGAAUUUUGGUUACACGGACCGGAAUGUAUACGAAGAAGACAAUAUUAUCUGCAGAGCGGCUACGAAUACACUGCUGCUGCAGAACAGGAAGAGAUUAAAGAACCAAUAACACGAUUGGUAGCAGCAACAGGAAAGGCAUGCGAAGACUUAAUCGCAAAAUACCCGCACCAUCACACUCAUGACAAAACAGUAAGACACUUUGCAUGGCUGUGUAGAGCCAUAAACAAUAUGAAGAAGGUCAAUAAAGACACAGGCAUCAGAAACGAAAAGAGAUCGGGCCCACUCACCACCACUGAAUUGAAUGAAGGACUAACACUCGUAGUCCGAAUUAUGCAAGCCACUAUUUAUCCAAAUGAAGUAGCGGAAUUACGAAAAACUGGGAAGGUGCCUACGAAAGGACCUUUCCAGCAUCUCAACGCAAUCGUCAGAAAUGGAGUCAUACAUGUCACAGGGAGACUCCACAAUGCAGAAAUGCCCAUCUCACAAAAGAAUCCAAUAUUGAUUCCCAAAUCGCACCCAUUUUCGAGGGUAAUAAUUCAAAAAAUACAUGAGGAUAGAUUUCACGCCGGAACAGAUCUGGUAAUAAACGAAUUUCGACAAAGAUUUUGGAUGAGGGAUCUCCGAAGGACCGUACAAGGAGUCAUUCAACGAUGCAUCUUAUGUGCCAAAGCGCGGCCCAGACGUUUACAGCAACGAAUGGGACAACUGCCCUCGCCCAGGGUAAAUGAAUCAGUAGCGUUCACUCACACGGGAGUGGACUUAUGUGGGCCAUUCGAAGUAUAUCUCAAUCAAAAAUCGAAAUGCAAGACCACAGCAUAUGCUUGCAUCUUCAUAUGUUUUGCGACCAAAGCAGUUCACCUAGAAGUCGUCGAAGAUCAGUCGACGGCAGCGUUCAUAUCAGCACUUCUCCGUUUCACAUCAGUGAGGGGAAUACCCGAGGUUAUUUACUCCGACAAUGGGCGGAACUUUGUCGGGGCCAGCAGAGAACUCAAUCGUUUACGAAGAAUAUAUAACAAUGAAGUUUUUCAAAACAAAUUAGUUGAUAUUGCGGCAACUCACAGAAUAAGAUUUUCAUUCAUUCCACCCCGAAGCCCCAGCUUUGGAGGACUUUGGGAAGCGAACAUAAAGGUAGCCAAGCGGCUCUUUAGUGCAGCGGCCAGAGGAGCACAGCUAAACAUCAUGGAAUUGCAGACACUGUUCUACCAAGUGGCCGCAAUAAUGAAUUCGCGACCACUCACACCUGUUUACACGACGCCAGAUUCACCGACCGCGAUCACACCCGGUCAUUUUUUGAUAGCACGCCCAAUGCUAGCCGUGCCCAUCCCUACGCAGAGUGAGGAUGGAAGCAAUCUCACAACCAGAUGGAAACGAGUACAAUCGCAGCUCGAACAAUUUUGGAGAAGAUGGAGAGACGAGUAUCUCCACCAGUUACGUGAUUAUGCAAAAUGGACCAAGCAACAAGCCAACGUUAAGGUAGGCCAAAUCGUAUUGAUCGGAGACGAUCACCUUCCCGUAGCAAGGUGGCCUAUGGGAAUUGUCACACAAAUACACCCUGGAGAUGAUGGAGUAGUCCGAGUGGCAGUAGUGCGAACCGCUACCGGAAUUUACAAACGCAACGUGCGAACACUUGCUCCUCUACCAGUCGAGGAGCACACCAUUCAACCCAUUAUAGAAGAGUAUGACAACACAGCUGAUAACGAACAGCAAUCUCAAGCCGAAGCAAUCGAACUAGAAGACGAUCCCCCUCCCCAAGCACCCCAAAUGAUUUGGGACGGUAGACUACGCCCCCGUCCCAAAGGGGGGAGAAAAUGGAAUGUUGACCCCACGGGUGUGAUAAACAAUCAACGGCAACAAAACCAGCCGAUUAUCCCCGUGCCGGCGGUCCACUAUCAGCAGCAGUUUAUUCCCGUCUCUGCCGCCCAGCAACAGCAGUACGCGCCCUUCCCGCCCCACCAACCGCAAGCACAGGUCGGUAGCGAUGUGUUCGUGCAAAUUUUGCAAAUGAUGCAGCAGCAGCACCGAGAGAUGAUGACCCAGCUGAUUCAACAGCAGCAGCAAAGUGAUGAGAAGCAUGAACGCUUUCUCCGUACGAUCGCAUCGUCAAUCAACGUGCAGGUACCACCGAAUCCGGAACAGAUUCUUGACUCUUUGGCCGGCAACAUCAAGGAAUUCCGGUUCGAGGCCGACUCCAACGUGACGUUUGCGGCUUGGUACUCGAGAUACGACGAUCUCUUCGAGAAGGAUGCUGCUAGAUUGGACGGUGAAGCAAAAGUUCGUCUUCUUUUGCGAAAGCUGGGUGCAUCGGAGCACGAACGCUUCCUGGAAACAGUGGCCAAGCUCAAGAGCCUGUUCGGAGCAAAAGAAUCGGUGAUCAGCCGUCGCUACCGAUGCCUGCAGAUAGCGAAAAAUCCUGCAGAGGACCAUGUGGCAUUCGCUUGCCGCGUAAACAAGGCUUGCGUGGAGUUUGAGCUGGGUAAGCUCUCGGAGGAGCAAUUCAAGUGCUUGGUCUACGUGUGUGGUUUAAAAUCGGAGAACGACGUCGAGAUUCGCACCCGCCUCCUCACGAAAAUAGAAGAGAGAAAUGACGUGACGUUGGAGCAGCUUUCGGAGGAGUGUCAGCGACUGUACAACCUGAAGCACGACAGCGCCAUGAUCGAAUCUCCGUCCACGUAUGACCAAGUACAAGCGAUAAGAAAAUUUGGUGGGAAGCGGUACGAAAAGCGUGACCGUGAGUCACCGAAACAUCCUUCCAGUGACACCGACAGGAAACCAAAUUCGCCAUUUCGGGCAUCGUGA